UUGCUAUCCGUUUCCGCGUCGCCAUUAUUGUUUCCUUCUUUCAUUGUCAGACUUGGCUGAUAGAUUUUCCAAGAUGCAAUUGCACAUCCGAGGACAAUCAACACACGUCCUAGACGUAAAUGGAGAGGAUUCCAUUGGUCAGAUCAAGGAUCGCAUCCGAAAUCUUGCCGAUGUAGGAGCGGAGGAGUUGACACUUUCCGUAUGUGGAUCUCCACUUGAAGAUGAUGUUUUGGUCUCUGAGCUUUCAUCGACUGAUUUGGAUCUUAACAUUCCACUUCUUGGUGGUAAAGUACACGGAUCCUUAGCUCGUGCUGGUAAGGUAAAGGGACAAACCCCAAAAGUAGAGAAGCAGCAAAAGAAAAAGAAGAAGACCGGCCGUGCUAAGCGAAGGAUCCAAUACAACAGAAGGUUUGUCAACGUAGUACAGACAUUCGGCCGUAGACGUGGACCCAACUCUAACUCAUAAGCCAUUAAAUGUACAUAAAAAUGUCAAUAAAUAUCAUCUAAAGUGACUCAAA